AUGGCGCUAGAAAAACACGUGAGCAACCGCCGCUGCCUUCAGAGCCGGCGCUCUCGCAUUAUUUUGGCCGUCCUUGUUUUUAUUGCAGUCCUCGCGGUCGUUAUACCUCCGGCAGUUGUGGUUACCCUACACAAGAAAAACAGCAUGGGCCCUAAAGCUACGGUCUUUGUACCGCUCUAUGUGUACCCUGCUCCCGGGGCCUGGACUCCAUUGGAAGAAGUGAUCUCUACUCAUCCGGAUGUCAACUUUACGGUCGUGAUUAACCCUGGGAGUGGCCCCGGGCCCGAUGCCCUGCCCGACGCCAAUUAUACCCGAGAAAUCCCUAAGCUCGUCUCCUUUGACAACGUGCGUGUCUUGGGCUACGUUGCUACCACCUGGGCAACACGGAAUGUCUCUUUGGUUCGCAAGGACAUCGAGACUUAUGCGGCGUGGCCGACUAACAGCUCCAAUCCCAAACUCGCGGUUCGGGGAAUAUUCUUCGACGAAACACCCCAGCAGUUCAAUACAUCUGCACUGAACUAUUUGCAAAAUCUUACUGAUUUUGUGAAGGAUACGCCCGGGCUUGGUCCGGACCACUAUACUGUCCAUAAUCCUGGGGCGAUUCCUGAUUCUCGCUACCUGCCUACCGCUGAUUCGACGGUGGUCUUUGAGGCAACUUAUGACACCUUCCAGGAGCGCCAUGGUGCCAACCUGUUCGAGGAGAUCCCGAACAGCACUCGCAGCCAGCUGUGCGCGGUGAUCCACUCGGUGCCAGAUAAUGUCGAAGGAUCCGAACUUCGCUCGCUCGUCAAGCAGGUCCGCAAGGUUGCAGAUGAGAUUUUCAUCACCCAUCUCAGCACCGACUACUACGCUAGCUUCGGAAGCAAGUGGAACGAGUUCGUGAGCCUGAUGGCGAAAUGA